AUGGUCAGAGAUUUCAACGGAGGCAUACUAAUCGACACAAGAAUUGCAUUCGGCGGAGUAGCCGGAUGCGGCUCGUUUGGCAGGCCAGCAGACGCCUGGAAAGAAUUGAUGCUACAUGAGUUCGACCUGAUAACGGUUUUUCGAUGGGUAGAUGAUAAUUUAUUCAUAAAACAUCAAGACUCGACAGUGGAAAUGGAACAAAUAGUCUCGAGAUCGGAAACCCUUGGAGUGAAAACAAAUUCGACCAAGUAUUCUCCGUUCAAGGAAGAACAAAAGUACAUUGGUUUCAUCUGGAAUGCCCCUCGCAAGACAGUCAGGCUGCCCGACGACAAGAAGUUUCAACGCAUACAACAAAUCAAAGAAUUUCUGAUACCAGACGCCGAGUUCUCCUUCAAACAAGUAGAGGUAAUGGCAGGGCGCCUCAACCACGUUUCAUACCUGCUACCCCAACUUCGAUGUUACCUCAACAGUCUGUACCGUUGGAUGAACGCUUGGGUGUACCGGAGCAAAGCCUUGCCGGUCCCGGCAGACGCUAGACGAGACUUAGAAGAAUGGCUGACCACAAUGCUUUCCUUCAAGGAAACUCGGAUGAUCAGAAAUCCGGAUCCGACCGAAAUCGGGUGGAUGGGAGACGCAUCGACAAGCUAUGGCAUCGGUGUGACUAUAGGCCGAUACUGGGCCCAAUUUCAACUAACUAAACAAUGGGACAAAGGACCCGAACCACGCCGAGACAUCGCCUGGCUAGAGACGGUAGCGAUAAGGCUAGGGCUGAUCGCCCUUACCCAACUGAAGAUCCGUCCAGGGAAGACCAUCAUAGUAUGGACGGAUAACACAUCCACGGAAAGCGCGAUAACAAAGAGAAGAGCGGAGAAUCCAUCGGUAAAUGAGGAAUGGAAGAUGAUACAGCGGCUACUAGUCGAUAUGGAAAUAGACAUUGUUUCGAGGCGGGUCAAAUCGGAGAACAACGUGGCAGAUGCUCUGUCUAGGGGAGACAGGAGGGGAAGGAACCUUGCGUUUCAACUUAAUAGCAAUUUACAACGCUUGAUGCUCGACUUGACUAAGGUUAUAAACCUCAUAGCCAACGGGUCCAACCCUAGAGAACCCACAGCUCUAGACCGACACUACCUGCUCGGUUACCGGUGGAAUACCCUACUCAGCUACAAUGCUGCCGUAAAGAAGUACCAAGUAUUCGCGAAAGAGACCAGCCGGCUUCCUUACACUCUACCUCUCCUCCCGUCCGACAUCUAUGAGUUCUGCUGCUGGGCGGGGAGGACGGCCGAAAGCUCAACCUCACCAGUUGUCACGGCUAACACUCUUCGGAAGUACCUGGCCGGAAAAGACUCAAUAGCAACUCUGGAUGCAAGGAGGAUCACAGACUACUCCUGUGUUCCUUCUGUGAAACCCAAACACCACACAUCACCACCUUGUCCAAUCAUCAGGUAG